AGCGACCUGCGUGUUCAUCCUCACAACCACUGACCCGUCCUGUUUGUGAGCUGUCUCCACAGUUAUUCUGAUUCAGGAACUUUUCACCCUUUCAUUUCAAACACUGUGGCAGGGACUGAGAUUCACAGGAUGAGAUUCCUCAGCUUGCUGCUUUGCGCAGUGUUGGUUGGGGCUACCCAGCCUACCGUUUCCAACGACAACAGACAGUCCCACUGUAACACCAAACUCAAGGACAUCCCGGGCCAGCCCAUGUGUGUGUACCGACCUGCAGACAAGAGCCCCCAGCCGACGGAUGUGCGCCAGAAAGCGGGCCAGCACAAUCCCAGGAAGCUUCCGGAGAACACAAACCCUCGGGUCUGGGAACUGUCUCGCGCCAUCAGCAGGUUUGCCUUUGACUUCUACAAACGCCUUGCCAGCUCAAAGUCCAACAGCGAGAACAUCUUCAUGUCACCACUCAGCAUCUCCACGGCCUUCGCCAUGACCAAACUAGGAGCCUGUGGUGAUACCUUGCGGCAGCUGAUGGAGGUCUUUAAGUUCGACACCAUCACAGACAAAACAUCGGACCAAGUCCACUACUUCUUCGCCAAACUCAACUGCAGACUGUACCGCAAAGCCAACAAGUCAUCGGAGCUGGUGUCCGCCAACCGCCUCUUUGGCGACAAGUCGCUGACCUACAACAGAACCUUCCAGAACAUCAGUGAUGCAGUGUACAAAGCGAAGCUGAUCCCAGUCAACUUCAGGGAGAAGCCCAAGUUGGCCAGAAGCAUCAUCAACGCUUGGGUGUCCAACAAGACCGAAGGGCUCAUCAAGGACGUCAUCCCUCCAGACGCACUAACUCCCUACACCACCUUGGUCAUCAUCAACGCAAUCUACUUUAAGGGUUUGUGGAAGUCCAUGUUUGACAAGGAUAUGACCACAUUGAGGGAGUUUGAGAAGGCCACCAACAGCCAGUGCCAGGUCCGAAUGAUGCAGCAACAAGGUUCUUUCCGAUUUGGCAAGUUCCCAGCAGACAAAGUGAAGGUGAUUGAGCUCCCGUACAAAGGCGACGACGUCUCCAUGGUGCUGAUCCUCCCCAUGGCCGGAGGCAACAUGCAGGAGAUUGAGGGUCGGCUGGGGCAUGAGAAGGUGAUGGGCUGGCUCAACAGGCUGAGCAUGGUGGAGGUGGAGCUAUCCCUGCCUCGCUUCCAGGUCGAGGAUUCAUUCAGCCUGACCAACAAGCUGAAGCAGAUGGGCCUGGUCGACCUGUUCAACGCUGAGAAAGCCAGUCUCCCAGGACUGGUUGAAGGAUUGCACACUGACCUUUACGUCUCUGAUGCAUUUCAUAAAGCCUUCUUGGAGGUGAACGAGGAAGGCAGUGAGGCUGCAGCAGCCACGACCGUGAUGUUGAUGGGACGUUCACUGCGGCCAGGCCUGGAGGUCUUCAAUGCCAACCGGCCCUUCAUCCUGCUGAUUCGAGAAGUCGCCAUCAAUGCCAUCAUCUUCAUGGGGAGAAUAUCUGACCCCUGUGGUCCUCCACAGCAACGAGGGCAAUGAAUGACAUCAUCGUUACUGCAAUUACACAAACUUAAUCAAGUACUUACAGGGUUGUUAUCUUAUUAAACAAAAUUAAGAAAGA